CUCGUACGUGGAUCCACAUACGGAGGACAAAAGGCUCUUUUUGCAACUCUCCACUCACACACUCUCUCUGUGAAAUUCAGAUCAGAAGAUCCUCUGCUGCUGCCAGAGUAGGUUCUUUGUUGGUUGUUGAGGUUGGAAGUGUUGGUGGAUGGGGUUUCAGACAAUGGGUUCUCAUGGAAGCGGGCAACAAUCACACUUACAACCACCAUUGGCCAGGCAGAAUUCUUGGUUUAGUUUGACACUUGAUGAAGUAGAGAAUCAAUUGGGUAACUUAGGUAAACCACUUGGUAGCAUGAACCUUGAUGAAUUGCUUAAAAAUGUGUGCACUGCAGAGGCAAAUACUGGGUUGGACAUCAGUAAUUCCUCGCCAGCAGCUGCUCUUCAGCGACAGGCUAGCCUCACCCUAGCCAGGGCUUUUAGCGGGAAGACAGUUGAUGAGGUGUGGAGAGCUAUCCAGUUAGGCCAGAAGAUGAAGAGCCUUGAGGAUAUUGAUAGUCAGUCAACUCUUGGGGAAACGACUUUGGAGGAUUUCUUGGUAAAAGCAGGGCUUUUUGUCGCUGAUGCUUCUUUAGCACCUGAAAUGGUGUUGGAUAGCUCGUUGACUGCACAGAAUUUUACUCCACAAAUUGGUUUGUCACCAACUGUUUCACUUGAUGCUCUAUCAGACAGCCCUUUGCCUGGAAGGAAGAGGAAUUCUGCAGAUGUAGAGAAAACAAUUGAACGGAGGCUAAGAAGAAAAAUCAAGAAUAGGGAAUCUGCUGCACGCUCGCGAGCAAGAAAACAGGCAUACCACAAUGAGCUGGUGACUAAGGUUUCACGUCUUGAAGAGGAAAAUAUAAAGCUGAAGAAAGAGAAGGAAUUGGAAAAGAUGCUGCCACUAGAUUCCUCUUCUGAACCAAGAUAUCAGCUUCGAAGAACAAGCUCAUUUUAAUAUGUUAAAAAGUUAAUUGUAGUUCUCUCUAGCAUAGGCGCUUUCUUUGUGGGUUUUCCAGGGAGAGCGUUUAAGAAUUGAAAGUUUUUGUUAAUAUGCUUUGCUUCCCUGCCCAUAUACUUAGCAUGGUUAAGAUAUAUUAUGUGUAAAUAUUAGUAUACUCCUAACUGGAACUUUUAAGUGAAACUUUGUUAUGAUAGGAACCUGUAACUCUGGUUAUUUGAACAAGAAUUAUGGAUUACAUGAGAGGAUGUUUCCUA